GUACGUAAGGCAGGCGCUCCGGUUUCCUGGCGGAGAAGAUGGCGGCUCCUGGACCGGGGGAGUAUUUCAGCGUCGGGAGUCAUGUCUCUUGCCUCACCUGUUUGGGCCAACGUUUACAAGGAGAAGUGGUCGCGUUUGACUACCAGUCCAAGAUGUUGACUCUGAAAUGCGCUUCCUCCAGCGGUAAGCCAAACCUCAAUGACGUCAUCCUGAUCAACUUAGCUUAUGUUUCUGAUGUGGACAUAAUAAAUGACCGCACUGAGACUCCACCUCCACUAGCAUCAUUGAAUGUUAGCAAGCUUGCCAAUCGAGCACGGACGGAAAAGGAGGACAAGCUGUCCCAAGCCUAUGCAAUCAGUGCUGGGGUUUCUGUGGAGGGCCAGCAGCUAUUCCAGACUAUUCACAAAACCAUCAAAGACUGUAAAUGGCAGGAGAAGAACAUUAUCGUGAUGGACGACGUUGUAAUCUCACCGCCUUAUCAGGUCGAGAACUGCAAAGGCAAAGAGGGAAGCGCUUUAAGUCAUGUACGCAAAAUAGUUGAGAAACAUUUUAGAGAUGUGGAAAGUCAGAAGUCCAUGCAACGUUCACAAGCACAGCAAACACAGAAGGACUCGACUUUAUCUUCUUGAGUUGGCAGUGCGGCUCAGCCGGGAGAGGCGACGCGGGCGCUUUUAUUCCCACUGCCAGACUAAGUCGGCAUUCCUUGACCUCAGUUUGAGACCACAAGGAGGAGCGCUGAGUGCCCUGGAUCCAGAAGAUCAAAACACCAUUAAAUGAAAAAGACAAAAAAGAAAGAGGAAAGAUUAAAAUCUUAAAUUAGACUUUAUAAAGAAUAAUUUAAACAUGAACCAUGAAGCGACCAUAGUUUCCCUAACUAACUUGUCUCACUCUACCCCCAACUUCUCCCCUCCUGUCCUUCCAGUCCUUUUUAUUUUCCGACCUCCUUCCUUCGCCUUCAGUUCCAUGUCAAAAAGAGAAAAUCUAGAGCAGUCAGAAAGGCGUUAGCUUUAUUUUGUCAUUGUUUCCUUUUUUUUUUCUGUAUCCAUAUUCUACUGUCUGUAUUUUCUGUAUUUUAAACAAAAUGUGACUUGAAACGCCACACUUUAAAAGGACAUUUUCUAAAAUAAAAGUAACAAAUUCUGA